AUGACGGAACCAAUAACCCCCAUCGAACAAUCCGCUCAACCGCCCACAGGGACAGACCCAUCACCACAAAACACACACCUUCCCCGAAUCACAAUCACAUACUGCACUCAAUGCAAAUGGAUGCUCCGCGCGGCAUAUUUCGCCCAAGAACUCCUCUCAACAUUCGGCACUACCCUAGGUGAAGUCUCGCUCCGACCAGCUACAGGCGGUCUAUUCACCGUCACCAUUGUGCCGAAUGCUAGUACAGAAGAGAUGUUACUCUGGGACCGGAAGAGGGAUGGUGGGUUUCCAGAAGUCAAACAACUCAAAGCCCUGGUUCGGAAUAUUGUCGAUCCAACCAGGAAUCUGGGGCAUGUUGAUAGGGCGUUAAAUAAAGCGAAUAAAGAUAAGGAAGAUGUUGCGAAAGCCGAGGGUAAGGAGGGUUCGAAGCCGGACAGCACCACUGAACAACAGCAACAGCAGGUUGUUAUUGAUGCUUCUGCUGCUGCGCAGACAAGUGAGAAGGAGGUAAAGACUCCUUCCAAAUCCCAAGAGGUAUGCGAAGAUUGUCAAUAG